AUGUGCUCCAUUGCGCUUCGCGUCACAGCAUUCACCAUGCUCCUGUAUCUCUCGCAGGUGACUCCCGGUCUACCCUGCACUUUCACUCACUUGAACACCACACGUUUGGCCAACGUGAAGCGAGCAUUUUAUGCAUUGGAAGGGGCUGGCGCUGGUCUUGGAAUUUGUUUCUCAUAUUGCUACACAACCCCAGGCUGCAUUUUUGUCUCCUUCGCACAAAAGAUCCAGUUUUGCGAAGUUUUUGUUCCUGGAGAGCAAGACGAAACAAUACCCGAAUCAUAUCGUCCGGAAAUCUACAAGUUCGAUCGAAACGUGACCAUUACGAGUUGUCCAACAGUGAAACAGUGGAUGGCGCAAAAAACAACGGUCGCCGCUUGA